AUGCGAAAUCCACGCUCUGAGGAUGAAGAUAAUCCGGCAAUACAUUAUGGUUUGAUUGCAUCGGCCAAUCAGCUUAUGAAGGAUGCUAUGAUUCGCGAUGAGCUUGCCACGGAAAAUGGUGUUUUAUGCUUCGAAAUGGAAGCGGCUGGGUUGAUGAAUCAGUUUCCAUGCCUUGUUAUCCGUGGCAUCUGCGACUAUUCUGACACUCAUAAGAAUAAGCAAUGGCAAGGGUAUGCAGCUAUGGUCGCAGCAGCGUAUGCUAAGGAUCUUCUACAUCGAAUUGUCCCUCAACAGAUAAGGAGCGAAGAGAGGAUUUUAAACGCCUCACCACCUAUAAACCAUAUCACUGGAACCAUCAAUCGUAUUGUCCCAAACUUAUCACGGUUGAGAACAAAACGGGAUAUAGAAUCACAAAUUCUCAAGGGUCAUUCAGAUUCGAUUAAAUCAGUUGCCUUUUCGCCUGAUGGUCGAAUGGUGGCGUCUGGCUCCAAAGAUAACACAGUGCGGCUCUGGGAUACUGCGACGGGCGCUCAGCGACGUACUCUCCAGGGCCAUUUAAAUAUGGUUUAUUCGGUGGCCUUUUCGCCUGACGGUCGGAUGUUGGCGUCUGGUUCCAAGGAUAACACAGUGCGGCUCUGGGAUGCUGUGACGGGAAUUCGGCUACGCACUCUCCAGGGCCAUUCAAAUUUGGUUUACUCAGUGGCCUUUUCGCCCAGCGGUCAGAUGCUAGCGUCUGCCUCCGGUGAUAACACAGUGCGGCUCUGGGAUGCUACUACGGGCGCUCAGCAACAUACUCUUCAGGGCCAUACAAGGCUAGUUCACUCGGUGACCUUCUCGCCCGACGGUCGGAUACUGGCGUCUGCCUCGUGGGAUAGCACAGUGCGGCUCUGGGACGCUACGACGGGCACUUGGCGACGCACUUUUGAGGGCCAUUCUAGUCCGGUUAACUCAGUGGCAUUUUCGCCAGACCGUCGGACACUGGCGUCUGGUUCCAGAGAUAAUACAGUGCGGCUCUGGGACGUUACGACAGGCGCUCAGCGACAGACUCUCCAGGGCCAUUCGAAUUCGGUUUUCUCUGUGGCCUUUUCGCCCGAUGGUCGAAUGUUGGCGUCUGGCUCCAAAGAUAACACAGUGCGCAUCUGGGAUACUGCGACGUGUAUCCAGCUAUGCGCUCUCAGUGGCCAUUCAAAUCCGGUCUCGUGUGUGACCUUCUCGCCAGAGGGCCGGCUGCUGGCGUCUGCCUCCUGGGAUAGCACAGUGCAGCUCUGGAAUACUACAGGUAUCAUUGAUAGCUGUACCCUGGAAAGGCAUCCAUGA